AACGCAUUGACCAGCGUUAGGGUUUUAAGAGGUUCUCUUUCUUUAAAAGGAGAGCUCAGAAUUUGGUUUGUGUUUUCAUCGAAGCAGAGGGGACGUGUGGUCUUGACGGAGAACAACCAUGGUUCACGUCUCCUUCUACCGCAACUAUGGAAAGACGUUCAAGAAGCCGCGUCGCCCCUAUGAGAAGGAGCGUUUGGAUGCUGAGCUGAAGCUUGUUGGAGAGUAUGGGCUCCGGUGCAAGAGAGAGCUGUGGAGGGUUCAGUAUGCUCUGAGCCGUAUCAGGAACAAUGCAAGGAUGCUUCUGACCCUGGAUGAGAAGAACCCUCGUCGUAUCUUCGAGGGCGAGGCUCUCCUCCGGAGGAUGAACCGGUACGGGCUCUUGGAAGAGGGUCAGAACAAGCUUGAUUAUGUUUUGGCUUUGACUGUGGAGAACUUCCUUGAACGUCGCCUGCAGACAAUUGUGUUCAAGACUGGUAUGGCAAAGUCCAUCCAUCAUGCCCGUGUGCUUAUCAGGCAGAGGCAUAUCAGAGUUGGGAGGCAAGUGGUGAACAUCUCUUCCUUCCUGGUGAGAUGUGAUUCAGAGAAGCACAUUGAUUUCUCACUCACAAGCCCAUUAGGUGCCGGACGUCCCGGCAGAGUGAAGAGAAGAAACAUGAAGGCAGCUGCCAAGAAGGCUGCUGGUGGAGAUGCAGAUGAAGAGGAUGAAGAUUGAACAAAGAGUUUUGACCAUUAGUUACUCCUAGUCCUACUAGGCUUUACUUCUCAGUUACCAUAUCCCAUAUUGGCUUGCAAAUAAUUUUUGUUUCCGAACUUCAUCUCUGCUUCACUCGAGUGAACAAUUUUGCAUUUGAUUAGUUUGAAAUGAUUCAAUUUUUCUAUAAAAUAUAAUCUAUUUUGCAUC